ACUGGUUGAUUACCGAAAGGCUUAAACUUGACAAAAUAAGAGAGAUGUCAGAUCAAGCUAAAAGGCCCAAAAUCAGACAUUGUUAAUUUCGUCUACGUGAGUCCACAACGCCGAAACAGUUGUGCACAAUAACGUCAAAAGGUUGGUGGUAAGUAUUAGAUCCACCGAUAAAACGGUAAUAGAGAGAUUUAUUAGAGAGUUUUCAAACCAAAAAACACACGAGAAGGCCCCCCCCUCCCUCUUUUCUUUCUGUGAUAUCCCUGCAACCUUCAUUAACACUCUGAUAAUCUCUUACUCACUGUUGUAUUUUCACUCUUACUCAUUCAAACACAUCAUUUGACUAGCAUUAAACUAACUUAUAUAUAUCAGAUUUAUUGUUGUAUUUUAUUCUCGGUGGAUUGGAUUUCCAUUGUAACGAAUCACUUGGUCUGUGGGUUAUCCAUUUACCAGUCUUCAGGGUCAGGAACACGAUUGGAGCACCGAAGGAAUUAUUCUGAAAUUCAGCCAUGUACAGACAAUCACCUAGCAGAGCUCAGAGAUCUAAAGGAAUCAAAGUUAAACAUGUUCUACAAAUCUGUUUCCUGCUUGUCAUUUGCUUUUGGUUACUAUACCAAGUCAAGCAUUCACAUGAUAAAAAGAAGGAAUUUGAUGAGGUUGAUGUAAAGAUAUCUCAGCGGACACAGGGUAGCAGUGAGAUUGUGAAACUUGGCAGAAAAGAUCUUAAUCCGAGAGUGGAAGACACAACUACUAGUGCAAGAAGUGAAGAUGAAGAAGCAGAAGAAAAUGCUGGAGAAGACGAAGAAAUUAAGCCUGAAGAAGAAAAUGCUGAAGAGAAGAAGUCUGAGGAGAAAGGUGAUGAAAAAGAAGGUGUUGGUGAUGAAGAAAUAGAGGAACACGAAGAAGAUAAAUCUGAUGUAGAGGCUGAUCAUGAAGAGGAUGUCAUUGAGGAAGAUAAGGAAAAUGAAGAAAAAGAUCCUGAAGAUAACGAUGGCAAUCAGGUGGAGAAUGAGAGUGCUGGUGAAGAGCACGAUGAUGAUGAACAAGCACAUGAGGCAAGAGAAGAACAUUACAAGGCGGAUGAUGCUUCUAGUGCAGUCACGCAUGAAUCUGAAGUUGUGGGUGCUGAAAAAGAGAACAGAGACAUGAAAGAGUCCAAAGACCAUGCUGGAACGGACAUUGUUGGAAAUGAGCAUGCUGUUGAUCAAACAAACGAGCAAACCACUAGUUCUACUGGCGAAGACCAGAAACUGACUGCAGAAAGUGAUCCGUCAAGAACAAUAGAGAAUAAAGACAUUAGAGACGUUGGAACCAAUUCAGGGGAUGGUUCAGAUGAUCAUCUAAAGUUGGCUAAUAAUGUGACAGAAGCCAGCUCUGUUACUGAAAGUGUGUUAAUAAGCAAUUCGACAGAGAAAGGGUCUGAAUUGAGCCAAACAGAGAAUGUGACAACAGGGGUUACGAGUUCAGAUGAUGGCUCUGGCUUGCAAACGGUUGCUCUUGGUCUGGCCAGCAACUCUAGUGUAAAUUCCACUGAGGAUAAGGUUGAUUCAAAUUUAACGUCUUCCACAAAAGUUGAGGAUUCAGAUAUGAACAUCAGUGAAGUAUCAAAAACUGGUAAUAGUAUCCAAUCAAUAUUGCCUGAGCAGCUGUCAAAAUCAUCGAAUGAGACUGAGGAUAGCUUGGGGUCCUCAACUACAGAAAAUGACAAAGCAGCUGAAGGCAUAAAGUCGGAAGACGGUUCAAAUGAUGGAACUGAUGGAGGAAGUAAUGGUAAUUCAGGUGAGGGCACAAAGUUUGAGGACAGUUCAAAUGAAGGAACGGAUGGAGAAAGUAAUGAUGAGUCGGCUGAGCGCACAAAGUCAGAUGACAGUUCGAAUGACAGAGCAGAUGUGGAAAGUAAUGAUAAUUCGGAUGAAGGUACGAAGUUAGAUGACAGUUCCAAUGAUGGAACCGAUGGAGAAAAUGACGGUGAAUCAGAGAAUAUUGAAGAAGUUCAGCAUGAUCUUAUUGAUACUUCUGAUUCUUCGAUCGGCUUGCAGGAGAAAGAAGUCCGAACAGACCUAGAAACUUUGCCGGAAAUACAAACUGAAGUAAGCAACGAUGAUGAUGCUGCAGCCGAAUAAGAAGGCUGGAGUACAGCCACAUGAGUAAAUGAACGAGUAAUGUUUGUCUUUUGUUGAUACGUCCAUUUUUGUUUCUUCUUGCCUCUUGUUCAUCAACAAAUAAUAGGUUGGUAAUUAGGAACUAGGUUUGUGAAUUGUGAUAUGUGUGAAAAUUUGAGAAUCAAAUCACUUCCUAAAGCAAGCAUAUGAUGGUGAUGGUCUUCAAAAUUGUUUGUUAUCUUAGGCCUUUUCCUCCCUGCGCAAAAAUGUAUCUUAAGUUUUAAAAUGUAUACUGGAAUUUCUGUCCUUGUAAUCUGGUUAAAGUUCCCAUCAUUAUUCUUCAAGUUGCCGUUUAGCUUUUUCUUCUCUCCGCACACCCCACAACCCCCCCUUCUAUUAUUCCCC